GGCAUAUUCUGGUCAGAACUAAUAUCUGUGUCAAACUAAUUACUAGAAUAACAUUCUGAAUAAUUUAUGUUCUGGAAGAGGCAGAUAUGGCACCCCACUACUGCUCAGUGUUGACUUACAAGUGUUUGUCAUAGUUUGUCAAGGACCAACCAGACAGAGUAUUGAAACCCCCUGGAGGAGGCUCUAGUAAUCUGUUUGGGAACACAGAAGAAGUUUCCUCUUCCAGCAGACCACACAGAAUGGCAUCUAGCAUCUUUGGAGCAGCUGAGGAACCUCAGAACUUUCCAAAAAGAACAUACCCUCCAGGGGGGAAAGGAAGUGGUAUCUUUGAGGAUCCUAGCCCUGUCCAGUCUCGUCAACGCAUGAAUCCGCCUGGUGGGAAGACAAGUGAUAUCUUUGGGUCUCCAGUACCGGCCAGCCCUGUUCGAGCACACCCAAACAAACCCAAGGAUCACAUAGUCUUACAAGAGGCAGGAGAUGCAUCAAAGGAACUGAAAGCUACAGAAAACCACAAACCACAGAUGGAAGACAGAGGCGAGAAGAGAGAUCUUGGGAAAGAAGAGCCAGGCCCCAAGAUAGAUGAUCAUGAACCCAGACUGGGACCAAGGCCACGGUCGCACAACAAAGUCCUCAAUCCCCCUGGUGGCAAAUCCAGCAUUGCAUUCUAUUAGGAACAUUCACUUUCACUAAUGGAGUCGGCACAGAAACUUUAUCUAUAGGUCCUGAGGUUUGUUUUCAGAUGCUUUAGGCAGGAGGAUGGGGACUUUAGUGACUCAUCUAAUCCAAAUGGAGGACAUCUUCAUGUUCAAGACUUCUGUAAGACCUGUUAGUUAUGGUGCUUAUGGAAAUAACUGAUGACUCUUAUGUGCUAGACAGUGCAGGAUUCAGCGAGACAGUAGCUUAGAUAGGUGCAAGAGGAGUGUUCCUUUGUGGUGGGCAAUUAAAAAAAAAAUACUCUUAAUCUUGCAGCUAGUUAGUAGCUCAGACUUUUGGACCAAAGAAUUUAGGUACAGUCAGUAUGGUGAAAUUCUAUCCCAGUGGAUGGGGACUUGGAUGCCAGGCUUGGCAUCUAUCUAAUUGAGCCUAACAGGAGCUAAUGCUCUCCUAGGCAGUGUAUCCUAACCUUAAGAAGCUAAAAAUUUAUCUGCAACCAUUUUAAUAUAAACAUGAUCCAUUCUAAGUGGUGUUGCUGGGCUCUGAAAAGUUCUGCUUAGUCCUUGGCCAUAAGAAGAAGCUUCCUCCCCAGGUUUAUUAUGUUAAAACUCUCAUUGUUCUGUGUCAGUCUCGCAAGCCAUCAAGUUGUGUAAAGUUUUGGAGCACUUCAGUAAUAGUCUGUACUGAUAUUUGCUCGACAAAGAGAAAAAUUAUAGUUUAGUGUACUGUCUCAUCCAGGCACUCCUGGAAAGAUCUUAUUUCACUGAUGUCAUGCAAGGGUGCCUCCAGCCCUCCUGGUAGGGAGGGGAGUGAUUUGGGUACACACAGUUGCAUCUAUUGAAAGAACUCUGACAAACUACAGUAGUGUAUAAUUAGAUUCUGGAAACUGUCCCAGGACAUCUCUAGUGAGCCAGCUUUAAUGUCCCAUCACCAGCCUCUAAAAGCCCUCAUGUACCCAUGCUUUAGCUUCUGCAGGGUUUUUUUCCCCCCUCCCUCUGUCUUGGAGAAAUAAUGGACUGUUCUGCUUGUAUCCUCCAGUAGCUUUGUUUUUUGUUUCUAUGCUGACUCUGUUAGUGAAACCUCUGUUUUGUUAGCCAUGGGUUGCCUUUGACUGCCUGUUAUUCCUUGGUAGUGUGGACAAUUCCAAGUUGCUCAUCCACACAUACUCGUGUAGCUAUUUUAAGACUGUUAAUCCCUGUUCAUCUGCUUGGGACAGUCUAGGGAUCACUGCAAUACUCUUCUGGCACAGUGGCUGUUUUGAAUUAUGUUUGCAAGAAUGUGCAUUGUUCUCUCUAAUUAGGUAUGUGGGUUUGGGGGUGGGGGGUUGAAAGAGGGCUCUUAAAUUUCAGUUAGUUCUGACUGGACUUUCCUCAAACAUAUCAAAUGCUGAUACUUUGGAUAACGCUAGGUGCUUAGACUGUUGGCCACUUGUAAUAGUGUUGGUUGUGUGGGGGUGUGGUUUUUUGUUUUUUUUUUUUGUUUUGUUGUUUUUUUAAACUACCUAACUCAUUACAUACAGUAGUUGUUCAGGUCCACCAAAGACCAAGUGGCCUUAUCUACACAGUGGCUCCACAUACCAGUAGCUGUUCUAGCCCAGGUUCACUGAAAACUAUUUCUGUGACAAACUGUUCAGAAGAGCUAUUUCUUAGCUAGGUGCUACAACAGCUUAGAGGUCAUAAUGAUUGUUAAAGUGCCCAGCAAAGAUGAAUGACUGACUGUACCACAGAGACUCGCAGCUGCCUUUUAACUUAUGGAAGUGUGAAAAUCCCCUUUUACAGGGUGGAAGUGGCAGGAAUCUUAAUGCCUCCUGUGCCUCUUCCACAGGAGGCUUGGCGCUCCUGCUGCUGGCCGCCUCUAACUGUACGAGGAUGGUGAUCAGGAUUGAGGGAGUGUGAUCCCAAUACAUCUGUUUUAGAUUCAUAUCUUCCCCCCCCCCCCCCAAUAUAGCAGUUUCCUAGUUGCUAUUCCUAUUUUGCUUAUUUGGUCAAGUCUGUAAAGGAUCUCCUGUUCCCUCCUGCCAUUGUGUUGGCUAGCAUUUCCCUCACUGGCAUACACUCUGCUCAGUGUCUCAAGUUUAAGUUUGAUAAGGACACUUUUUUUUACACACACAUGCAACAGGGGAAUGGAACUUGUAUUAAUGGUUAAAUCAUGGACUUCUCAAUAAACCACAGUAUUUUGUUAUUCACUGUGUGUAGCUGGGUACUCCUGUAAAUAAGUCACUGUUCUAGUCUAUAGCAAACACUUUAGCCUGUGAUCAAAUUCCAUAUAACAUUUCUUGUGUAAUACAAUGAGCCUUCUCAAACACUUACUUCCUGCCACAGUUAAUUUUAAAGGUGCUCCAUCCUCUGACUGGGGGCGGGCAAGCCAGCCUGCCUCCCUCCCUCUCUGUUGCAGAAGCAGUGUAGCCUAGAGCAGUGGUCCCCAACCUUUUUCAUGUGGCAGGCGCCGGACGAUGAGCCACUUGACAUUGCUGCUUUUUGGCGGAUGUUUGUCUGUAGGCCAGUACGUGGGCACAGAUAGGUGCCCACAGGCACUGCAUUGGGGACCACUGGCCUAGAGCAUGCCUGGAAUCAAUCUACACUAGCUUCCCCUGUAAUGGAUACAAGAAUGGAAGUGUAGCAGCUUCCAACAGGCUGUGUUUAGAUGCAUUUUUCUGCUGUCUAAGCCCCUUUCCAUAAACCUUGAAAUUGUCUGUCUGUCUGAAUUUGCCUUUAAUUGCUAUGUUAUUGAGCAUCUACACUUGUCCCUAGAAAUUGAUCCGUAUUUGUGAAAAUUCAUAGCUGUAAGCCUUUUCCCUAGUGAAACAAAUGUAAGUGCAUAAAACUCUUUAUAUAUCUAGCUGCUUUUGUUCUGUAGACUAGAUACUUUGGGACUAUUAUACAUCCCACUCCAGAUAAAUUAGACAGCAUGGCAGUUAGAGAGAAAUAUUAACUUAGGGUGGACUAUGCAGGCACUCUGUCAAAGUUGAUGUUUUGUCACAGCUGGAAGAUAUAAACAACCAGGGAUCCAGAUUCCAUCUGCAGACUGAACUUCACUGUACCUCUGUGCUGCUUGUAAGACUAAGCUUUCAUAUUUCAUCUCUUGGUGGAACACAUUCUUAAGCCAAUCGUUUAGGUAAGAGCUUGUGCACCUAUGAACUAGUAUCAAGGAUAAUUAAAUCUUAAUACAGUGAUAGGCAGGAGAUAAAUGAGUAUGGUAAUCUAUGGAUUACAUCCAGUGUUUGUAAAGGAUUAAGCAACCUUAUUAGUACAUGACCACAGUUACAGAACUAUAUGACGAAGUCAUACUACAGAAUCUGCAAA